AUGAAUUACUCAAACAAUGAAGAUAAACAAGAAUUGAUUACCAUUCAAAUUGGUAAUUUCUCAAAUUUUAUUGGAGCACAUUUUUGGAAUAUUCAAGAAGAGAAUUAUCAAUACUCCAAAAGAGAACAAUCACAAUAUGAAAUUGAACCUGAAAUGUUAUUUCGUUCAAAUAUUAAUAGUGAAACAUUUGAUAAGGAUAUAAAAUAUACACCAAGAUUAUUGUUAUUUGAUUUCAAGAGUAAUUUCGGAUCAAUGAAUAGUGAUGGAAAAGUUUUAAAACAAACAAGUAAAAAUAUUGAUAAUAAUGAUAUACUUAAUAGUGGUAGUGGUGGUAGUAGUGUUAAUAAAAUUAUAAAACAAUCAACAGGUAAACCAAUUGAUAGAGAGAAUACAUUAAUUGAUAAUUCAAAUGUUGAUUUCGAGUAUUGGUCAGAUUAUUUAAAUGUAGAUUAUAAUAGUAGAGGAUUAAUAUCAAUACCAGAUUCUUUAUUAAAUAUUGGUAGUCAAGUUAGUGGUAGUGCUAAUGGUCUUAUAUAUGAUGAUGGUUUCGAUAUGUUUGAAUCAAAUUAUGAAUAUGUUACAGAUAUUUAUCAAGAUAAUUUACGAAGAAUGAUUGAAGAAUGUGAUAAUUUAUCAGGAUUUCAAUGUUUGAUAGAUACUGAUGGUAUUUGGGGUGGUGUUAGUACAUCGGUUUUAUCACAUAUUCAAGAUGAAUACUCUUCAAAGGUUAUAUCAACUUGGGCAUCUACUAAUUACAAUCAUCAGAUCGAUUUGGGUAAUGAAGAGUCAAUUGAUGAAAGAAUUUAUAAUAGUUCAAAAACAAUUCAAUCAAUUGCUCCAUCCUCUGGUACUGGUUUAACUGAUCUUUUUAUACCAUUAUCUUGUCAAAGAUGGUGGUCAACCAAUAAAGGAAUAAUGACACCACUUGGUAGUUCAAUUAAUAAAUCAAAAUAUCAAACUAGUGCAGAGAUAGCAGCAUCAAUUGAUACAGCAACACUUUAUUAUAGAUCAAAUUAUUCAUCACAAACAUUGUCAUCAUUUGUUUCACAUUUAACAAGUUCACCAUCACGUAAACUAUGCGUUUUAUCAAGUAGUUUUCCAAAUAGAUUACAAGAGUUUGGUUUCACUUAUUCCUCUUCAAAGUAUAGUCGUGAACCAACUUUUCCAAAUCAACCAUUGUAUAGUCAUCCACUAAUGAAUUAUCUCUCGCCAAGAAUCGAACAACCUGUUAAUCUAUCAACUAGUAGUAGUAACCCAUUAACUGAAAUCAUUUCAUUAAGAGGUAUUGAUAUUUUCAAAUCAAUAGAUCACCAUCAUGAUAGAUCAGAACUUUUAAAUAAUUAUGAUAAAAUUUCAUCAUUAUUUAAAAUUUACCUUUCAAAUAGUUACAAUGGUCAUGGUAGAUCUGUUUUAAAUCGUUCAAUUGUUAAUAUUGUUCAACCAUUUAUUAUGAAAAAAAAUCAUUUUCCAGUUUUAUCAAAUAAUAAAAAUAAAAAUAAUAAUAAUCAAAAUGAAAAUAAUAAUAUUAAUAAUAAUUCAAUUGAAGAAAAUCAAGAAAUAAUUGAAAAUCCAAAUACAAUUUUAACUCAUUUACAAAAUACAAAUUUAAUUCAUCCAUUCAUUCAAUAUUUAAAUCAAGGUUAUAAACAAAUAGUACAAUCAAAAAGAAUGAAAAGAUUAACAAUUGAUCAAGAUUCUUUUGCUGAAACAAUUGAAAUAUUAAAUUAUUUAUCUGAUAGUUAUCAAGAAUAA